AUGGGUUCCUAUGAAUAUGAUUUCAUUAUCAUUGGCGGCGGCACAGCAGGGCUGGUGCUUGCCAACCGUCUAACAGAAGAUCCGGCACUCAAAGUGCUAGUUAUUGAGGCCGGCGCAGAUCAGAAAGAUGACCCGCGAGUCAACGUUCCUGGAAUGUGGUCUGCUUUGGCCAAGACGUCUUCAGACUGGGCUUUUACCACAACACCCCAGGAUGCUCUCGCCGGCCGUAUUAUGCAUGCAUCACAGGGCCGGGUUCUUGGUGGCAGCAGUGCUAUCAAUGGACUCAUCUUCACGCCGCCGCCGGAAUCAAAUAUUACAGGUUGGGCCAAGCUGGGAAACCCAGGCUGGGAGUGGCCGAGCUUUUCCAAAUCGAUGAUGAAGUCCUUUUCAUUGACAGACAAGACGAAGCAAGUGUCAGAUGGUGCACUCCAGAUUUCCUAUCCUGACCAGUCUGAUAACCAAUGGUUUGAAAUUUGGAAAAAUACCCUCAAUGGCCUCGGCAUCUCCGUUACGGGUGAUCUUUUCACUGGGAAAGCAAACGGCUUGAUCAUCAACCCUGAAAACAUCCACCCAGCGACCAAGUUGCGAAGCUACGCCUUGAACGCGUAUCUAACGCCUAUAAAUGAUCGUGCUAAUCUAACUGUUAUAACGCAAGCGGCAGUGGAAAGGAUCAAUUUCAAACAGUCAGAUUCCGGUAAAGCUAUAGCCGAGAGCGUUCAAUUUGUCAAGGACAGCGAGGUGAUAACCGUCACCGCUGGGAAGGAGGUCAUUCUAGCCGCAGGCGGUAUCAAUUCGCCGAUGUUGCUUGAGAAGUCUGGUAUUGGAUCGGCAAAGCUUCUGAAAAACUUGGGUAUUGACGUCGUUGUUGCCAACCCAAAUGUUGGCGAGAAUCUGCAGAAUCAUGUCAUGGUCACGGUGAGCUUUGAAGUCAAAGAGGGUCUCAACACGAUAGAUCCCCUGAUACGUCAGGAGCCUGCCGCUCUCGCCGCGGCAGCCGCCGCCUACGAGAAGCAAUCUGGUCCACUCGCCACGAGUAAUACGUCGGUGACUGCGCAACUUCCGUUCCCGGGGAUUCAAACAGAAGAAGGCAAGAGGGACCUCGAUGAGUUGAUCGGCCAGACCCUGGAUGCGAACAUUCGCGAUGGAUCGUUGACUACGCCUUUCGACAAGGCACACAAAGACUUCAUCCGCUCCGUUUUAUAUUCUACAGAUGAAGCAUCGGGUUGCUAUAUUACGGCUCCUGGAUGGGCAGGACUGGCCCCCGACGGCUCGAGAGCACCUCCGCCUGGCGGUAAUGGCAACUAUUUCUCCGUUGCCCUUUUGAGUACACAUUCGCUGUCUCGAGGCUCGACACACAUCACGUCCAAGUCAGCCUCCUCACCAGAUGGUGUGAUUAUCAAUCCUAAAUAUCUGUCGCAUCCGCUUGACGUGGAGGUGUUCGCUCGUAAUCUGCGCCAGGUGGAAACACUGUUCGCAUCUGAGCCGCUUGUGAGCCAACUCAAACCAGGUGGAAACCGCAAUCCUCCAGCCGCUUCAACAGGGUUUUUUGCGGAUCUCGAAAAUGGCAGAGAGUAUGUGCGAAAUGCCGCAGUGGGUGCUCAGCAUUACGUGGGCACCUGUUCUAUGAUGCCUCGAGAGAUGGGCGGCGUUGUCGACCCCCAGCUCCUCGUCUAUGGCACGGAGAACCUUCGCGUCUGCGAUUCUAGCAUAAUCCCAUUGAUACCGCGGGCGAAUGUUCAAGCGGCUGUGUACGGUGUUGCAGAACAUGGGGCCACGAUCAUCAAAUCCAGUAUGAAUUAG